AUGGCCACUGCCACUACUACCAAGACUGCGACUCCGAAGGCGGCCAAUGGCGCGGGUGUCAAGAAAGCUGCCCCUAAGGGUGGUCGCGUUGGCAAGAAGAGCAACGCGAGGAACGCUAUGGUCAAGAUGCAAGCAUACUUCAAGGCCCACCGUGAUGAGUACAAGGACUUGUCUUUCAAGGAGCAACAGCAAGAGCUCGGCAAGAAGUGGAAAGCUUCACCGGAGAACCCCAAGAACAGCGCCUAA